AUGUGGCCACCAUGGAACAAGUCAACUUCUUCUUCCUUCAAAUGUUCCUCCUUCAAAGACAUUCAAACCCUCCUCACAGACGAACCCACCACUACAAAACCUAAACCCUCUAUAUUCCACCGAGUCACACUCGCUAACAAGCUCCUCCGAGCCUGGUCAACUCAACCCAAACUCACUUAUUCUCCAUCUCCGUCCCCACACGACGACCCACGCGCCGCGCAACCGCAUCCUCCUCCAUCAAUCCCCGUUUCACAGCAGCGCGUGGUUAUCUACUUCACCAGCCUGCGCGUGGUCCGAACAACAUACGAGGAUUGCAAAACGGUGCGUUCCAUCAUACGCGGUUUCAAAGUCGCAUUAGACGAGCGUGACGUGUCGAUGGACUCGGGUUUCCUUUCGGAGCUUCGUCUGGUCACGGGUCGCAAAUCCGGGUUAUCACUGCCUCGUGUUUUUAUCAACGAGCGAUACAUUGGUGGGGCAGAAGAGGUGAGAUGGCUGCACGAGAAUGGCGAGCUCAAGAAGCUUCUCGAAGGGUUGCCCGUAGCGGAUUCGUAUCUCCACGCUUGCCACGUGUGCGGCGAUCAUAGGUUUUUACUUUGCGGGGAGUGUUCUGGUGCGCGCAAGGUGUACGCGGAGAAAGGUGGGUUCAAGACUUGUACGGCUUGUAAUGAGAGUGGUCUAAUCAGGUGCAUCUCUUGUUCUUGUUGA